CCAGACGAAAUUAGGCGGCCAAGCCACUGUGAAAGCCUCUUCUACUUAAAGGGCCUUGGAGUAGGAUACAUGCCCCCUCCCCCCCGGAGGAAACAACAUAUGUUAAAGAAUGACAGCUCCUUGUUUUGAGUCCUUUGUCUGCAAUUGUGUCACACUGCCGGCGCUGCAGUGCAGGGCACUGCAAAGAAAACGAGUCUUUCUCUGGCGUUUCUCCUAGUCUUCUUCGAAAAAUGGUCUCUUAACGCGCCAUCCCCCCCCCAAAAAAAAACCCACCAAAACACAAACGCAACGCCCUUUCCUAUCCGGCUGGUAUACUACAAUAACCCAACCCUGGCAAGGGGUGCGGAAUAAUAAAGCAUAAAAAUAAAAACCGUAGGAAAAAGUAACCCACGCCUUUCUGUGGGAUAGCCUUUAGCGGGGGAGAGGUUUACAUUUCUCCAAGCAAGUAGCCGGAGCCCGCCCGGGCGCCCGCAGUACUGAAGGAGAAGCAGAGAAGUUGGUUCAACCCCUCACCCCCCACCCCGGUAUGGCUUUCGAGUUCGUUCACAUGGCAGUCACGUCCGCCGCUGGGAGCGACGCUGGGACUUCAUAGACGUCAAAACGGCCUUAUGAAUAUUGAUGCGGAGGCUAGGCUGCUUUCGUAAAGCAGCAGAAGGAAGCAAGAUGGCUGCCCUUUAGGAUUGGGUAGAAGGAGAGCAGAUUGCUUUGGCUGGAUUCUGCGAGGCUGAGGGGACUGCUGGAAAGAGAUACAAAAAGAGGACAGCUUUGUGGAUGGCCCCAGAGUAGGCCAGAUGGAACAGGAUACAACCAACCAUGUUGAAGGCAAUAAUUUGAGCCCAUUUCUAAUACCACAUCCUUCUCAUGUUUGCCAGGCAGAGCCUUUGUCAGUGAAGCUACAGAAUGGAAGCCCAUCAGCAGAGAAGGCCCAUGUUGAAGUAAACGGCAACCACACAUGGCUGCAUUUCAAGGCCAGCUAUGGAAUGAAGCACUCUGUGAAAGGAAAUGCCAAUAAUAGAAUAAGCCCAGACCUUCUGCAGGAAAAGAGAGAUUGCAGCAGGUAUAUGCAAAAUGGUGGGAUAAAACGCACUUUUAGUGAGCCUUCUCUGUAUGGGCUUCACCAGAACAAAAAGCUUAGGCAAGAUGAAGAAGCAAAAGAAGCCUCUUUGGAUGGCAGUAAUCAACCGGGUGUUUCUAAAUCAUGCAGGGAAAAGGACUUGGUGGGUUUUAGAAUGGAUACAAAUGAAACUUCAGUUCUUAUACAGUCCUCAAGAAACAACUGUGGUGCUUCAGAAACUCCUCAUGCUCCUCAGGUUCAGAAUGAACAGGAGACCGAAAACGUGAAUUGCCACAGCAAGGACAUUGUCUUGCUAUACAAGAACAAGGCAGUGCCAAUGCUUAAUGGUGCUAUAGUUUCUGCCUCUUCUAUGGAAAACAUGCAUGGUGACCUCCUGGAGAAAACUCUGUCUCAGUAUAAUCCAGAUCAUGUUUCCAUUGCAAUGCAGAAAACCACAUCUCUUACAAAUGCCAUAAACACUCGGGCUACUAAUGAGUUAACUUGUGGCACGCCACCUUCAUCCCAUACCUCAGGGCAGAUCAGCUCCCCACAAACCUCAAACUCUGAGCUGCCUCAGGUGCUAGCUUCUGUGGCUACUGAGGUCCACAGUGCAGAAAACUCCAGUAAGGCAUUCAUAUUGCCAGCAUGCUAUUCUUUUCAGAAUCCAGAACUACAGUUAAAGCAGCAAAACUCAGAAGAUGCGCACCAGUCCCCUACAGAGAAUACUGAUGUUCCCAUAAACAUGGGGCAGGUUCCCAAUCAAGAUUUCUCACUACCCAGUCAAGAUUUCUCACUAACUCCCAACGGCAACUUGAAAGCUCAAAACAAUAACUCAGAAAGAUUGUCAGAACCAGAAGAAGAAAAUGGUGCUUUGUUUCAACAAGACUCCCUGUUCAAGAAGAGUUAUUUCAGUUCACCUCCUGUAACAGCUUCUUCUCCAACUCCAGAAAUAAAUAGUAUUCUUUCCAUGGAUGUCUCAGAAGGGCAUAACCAUUAUGAGAUCCAAAUUCAAGCAGCUCAUUUGAAGGAAGAGAAGAAUGGAAAGCAUCAGGAAGCUGAACUUGCAGCACAAAUUCCUGGCCUUUGCCAGCAAGCACUUAGUUCUCAACAGGGUCUUCAACAAGACGUUCAGGUUUCACAACAGACAAGAGAUGAAACAAGAGAUCUGAUGCUAUCUGCUAUGGCAUCAGGCAUCAGGCAACAAUAUCCUGAUGAAAUGCAGUCAAAACUGGAGCCUCAAGUUCAAGGUCCACAAAUAUCAGGAAGCAGAAAAGAGUUGCAACAACAUUAUCAACAUCUCUUGGGCCAAAUUAACCAGGAGACCCUUGCUUGCAAUGAAAAAGAUCUGGUGAAAAAUCAGAUGCAGCAGCCACACACCCGCUUACAAUCUUCUUGGACAGGAAUGACUUCCCCACAUUUUUGCCCAAGUGAGUCUCCCCAAAAAUCAAAUGAGGUGCUCUUAAGGACAAUGCUUCAGCUCCAGUCAAAUUCAGCUGAGCAGUCACAUCCAAAACAAUAUCCUGGGAGCCCUGAUACAACAAAAGGAUUAACAGCACAGACCUGCUACCAGAACAUUACGCAGUGUGAGCAGAUACCAGCACUAUACAAGGAUGAGGCAACACAACUGCCACCUCAUCUUACAGCUGACCAGCAGGUGCAAUUCCAAAAGCACUCACCACAGUCUACAAAGAUGGGUACUCUGUUGAAAUCCCAUGAACAGCAGCAAAAUGCAAAGCACUUUCAGUUUCAGCCACAAGCCGAACAUCACACUGAGCAGUCUUUGGAGGCACAGUUAAAGCCACAGCACUUAAAUCCUCCACCACUGGAGAAUGAACAGUUCCUGCGUUCACAUAUUUUGCAACAGAUGCUCCAGACCCAGCCAACUCAAUUGCCACAGAGUCCACAACUAACCUUAAGCUCCCAGCAGCAUGCAUUGCAAAUGAAGAACAGAGAACUUCCCCAGACUUUUUCCCAUUCCCACAGCAAUCAAGACCAGCAACCAGAAGAAACAUCAUUCAAUCAGCUUAAAUUAGAAGAAUGCUUUGAAACUGCAAACAGUUACUUCAAAUCAUCAGAGUUCCCAGUGCAAAACUCCCAGACCAGGUCAGGUCAGGUGUCAGAUAGGAACAAUAAAGAUUCCCUUUACAAUCAUGCUUUCAGAGCAAAUACUAUUGUGAAGCAUUCCUGCCCAAACAACAUGCACUUAGUCUCUGAGAAAAAAGAAAACCCUAUGAAUGCUGAGCUCUUUGCAGAAAAUGUAACUCAUGACUUACAGCAUAUGCAGUAUUAUCCAAAUAGUGUGGCUCCUAAACAAGAAGUGCCCCAGUGCUUUCAGGAACAAUUUCCCCAGUCUCCACCAACUUCAGGUAUACAACUACCCUUUCAACCAACACAGAGAUACACUAAUUUGGCCAGCAACAUGUGUAGCCAGCAACCUACCCAGAUUCAACAAAGGUACUUGCCAUAUAAUCAGCAAGCAACAACCCAUGCAGUAGAUCAGAGAGGGUGCCAUAUUCCAUCCCAACCUCAGAGGGAUUUUCAAAAGCAUGCUGCUCUCAGAUGGCACAUCUUAAACAAACAAGAACAACAAAAUAAAUCUGAUGCAUGUCACAGUAUGGGACAUAAGCCUAUUAAAGCUGAAGCUGGCUCCAAGUUGAAUGUCUGCAUCCCUCCUUCAGCUGGGCAGCUGGAGAACAAAACAUGGAAGAAAACAAUUAAACAAGAGAUUCAGCACUUUGGUUGUGAGAACGUGCAACAAAAGAGUAUCAUUGAAACAAUGGAGCAGCAGCUGAAGCAGAUUCAGGUCAGAACGCCCUUUGAUCAUAAGUCCCUUACUAUCAAAUCACCAAAACACGUGAAAGUUGAAACUGUGGGACCCAUCACUAUUCUGUCAAGAAAUUCCACUGCAGCAGAUUUCAACAGCCACACAGUCUCUUUAGAUCAACAGGCCAUUCAUUGUAAUGAAAAAACACCAACCAAAAGAACUGCUGGAACAGCUCUCAAUCAUUUUUUAGAGUCACCUUCCAAGUUAUUAGAUACUCCUGUGAAAAACCUACUAGAUACACCUAUCAAAACCCAGUAUGAUUUCCCGUCAUGUAGUUGUGUUGAACAGAUUAUUGAAAAAGACGAAGGCCCCUUCUACACCCAUCUAGGAGCUGGUCCUAAUGUGGCUGCUAUUAGAGAGACAAUGGAAGAACGGUUUGGACAGAAAGGCAAAGCCAUAAGGAUAGAAAGAAUUGUCUACACGGGGAAAGAAGGCAAAAGUGCCCAAGGAUGUCCUAUUGCUAAAUGGGUGAUUCGUAGAAGUAGCACUGAAGAAAAACUCCUUUGUUUGGUACGGGAACGUGCAGGCCACAGCUGCGAAACAGCAGUGAUAGUAGUACUCAUCUUGGUGUGGGAAGGAAUUCCGCAGAGCCUAGCAGACAAGCUGUAUUCUGAACUCUCUGAAACGUUAAGGAAGUAUGGCACGCUCACAAACCGCCGUUGUGCUCUAAACGAAGAACGCACUUGUGCAUGCCAAGGUCUGGACCCUGAGACUUGUGGCGCGUCUUUUUCCUUUGGUUGUUCAUGGAGUAUGUACUACAAUGGGUGCAAAUUUGCCAGAAGCAAGAUCCCAAGGAAGUACAAACUAUUGGGGGAUGAUCCAAAAGAGGAAGAAAAGCUAGAGUCCAAUUUGCAAACUUUGUCAACUCUGAUGGCACCCACAUACAAGAAACUGGCACCUGAUGCAUAUAACAACCAGGUUGAAUAUGAACACAGAGCACCUGAGUGUCGUCUGGGUUUAAAAGAAGGUCGUCCAUUCUCAGGGGUCACUGCCUGCCUGGAUUUUUGUGCUCAUGCUCACAGGGACUUGCAUAAUAUGCAGAAUGGCAGUACACUGGUGUGUACAUUAACCAGAGAAGACAAUCGAGAAAUUGGCCAAACACCAGAAGAUGAACAACUGCAUGUCCUCCCUUUGUACAAAAUCUCCAAUAUAGAUGAGUUUGGAAGCACAGAAGGUCAGGAAGAGAAAAAACUGAAUGGCAGUAUCCAGGUCCUUAGCUCUUUUCGGCGCAAAGUAAGGAUGCUUGCUGAGCCUGUUAAAACUUGUCGUCAAAAAAAGUUGGAAGCCAAGAAAGCAGCAACUGAGAAGCUUGCUUCUAUGGAGAAUGGGUCUAGCAGACAUGAGAGAGAGAAAUCAACCACAGCACGUCAAAAACAGGCCAGCUCAGAGGCAUCAGGUCAUGCAAAGCAAUUAGCAGAUCUGUUACGUCUUUCAGGACCAGCUAUGUCACAGCAGCAGCUCUAUCAGCAUCCACAUCAUACUUUCCCUACUAAACCUCAGUCAAACCACAUCAACUCAUACUCUACUUCAGGUCCCACAAGCCUCUACAUGGGUCUACCUAAUCCAGCUAAUCCAUAUCCAAACUCCUCACAUGCUUCAGAUCCCUAUGGAGGGUCCAACCCCAUGAAUAUCUAUCCAACCUCUUCACAGCCUACACGAGCGUAUUUGAAUUCUUCCAGUCUCAUGAAUCCCUAUUCUGUACACUUGGGUCAAAAUAACCAAUAUCCCAGUUAUCAAUGCAAUGGAAACUUACCUAUGGAGAACUGUUCCCCCUACUACAGUUCCUAUUCCUCUCAGCCUCAGCAUAUGGACUUGUUUAGGUAUCAGAGCCAAGACUCCCUAUCUAAACUAAGUCUACCUCCAAUCCAUACAUUAUAUCAGCAUAGGUUUGGAAACAACCAGAACUUUGGGCCCAGGUACUUGAAUUACGGAAACCAAAAUGUGCAAGUAGAUGCAUUCAACAGUUGCACCAUUAGACCAAAUAUUCAGCAUGCAGGUUCUUUUCCUCCUUACCCUACACAUGAUGUUGAUGGUCCUUUUAUGGACAUUGCCUCUAGACUGAAAUCUAAUUUAAAUAAUCCAGGUGUGGACUACAUGAAUAAAAAUGGCAACCAUCUAUACCCCCCUCCACACCUCACACAUGACUACCACUCUUCCGCGGGUAUGUUCAGUGGUCCUCCUCAUUCACUUCACCUCCAGAACAAGAGUAAUCAAACAGCUAAUGGGUUGUCAAACAUGCUUCCAGGUCUUAACCACAAUAGGACUGCUUCCCAAGAAGGCAUAAAUAAAGCUGAGGUGCUCAAUCCAGAGGAUCCUGACGAGGUCUGGUCAGACAAUGAGCAGAGCUUUCUGGAUCCAGAUAUUGGAGGUGUGGCGGUUGCCCCAUCACAUGGGUCAAUUCUCAUAGAGUGUGCAAAGCGUGAGCUCCAUGCAACAACCCCACUGAAAAAUCCUAACAGGAACCACCCCACAAGGAUAUCUCUUGUCUUCUACCAGCACAAAAGUAUGAAUGAGCCAAAGCAUGGUCUAGCUUUGUGGGAGGCGAAGAUGGCUGAGAAGGCAAGAGAAAAAGAGGAGGACUGUGAAAAGUACGGUCCUGAUUAUGUGCCUCAGAAAGUGCAUGGUAAAAAAGUAAAGCGAGAGCCCGCUGAAUUGAAUGAGAACUUGGAACCAACCUACAUGCGCUUCAUCAGGUCUCUUGCACAAAGGACUAUAUCUCUCACCACAAACUCCACAGUUACCACAUCUCCAUAUGCCUUUACACGGGUUACAGGGCCUUACAACAGAUAUAUAUAAAAGUCAAAACUUUGUUCAUUACCUUAUCUGUUUUUGUUUUUAGCGUCUGUAGGAGGGUUUUUUUUAGGCUGUAGACAGGAAAAGGGCAAGAGACAGUGUUUUAGUUUUCUUCUUAAUUCGUCAGUAGGUAACCUCAUACCAGCAAAAGAGUUAACGUUACCAUUGCAUUCAUUUGGUAACUGGUCACAAGUAACAUAUGAAGAAAUAAAAACCAAAGCACCCUAUGCAAAUUUAAUAAGUGGUAGUCCACCAGUUGAAACAUUGGUUUGGCUACUGGAAUAGAGAAUCUGUAUGCAUAACUUUCAAAAUUUUACAUCUGUGACCAUUUUAAUGAAAGCAAAUGAAUUAAGAGAGGUUUGUUUUUAAAGUAAAAAUGCUGUAGUAUUUCAGUAGCAAAAAAAUUAAAAUACCAAGUGGUGCUGAAUCUAUAAUGUACUGAAAUACUGGAAGUACAGCUUUUUAACACACAGGGGUUUGUUUGUUGCUGUAAUCUGAAUAUUGACUUGAUUUUUAUUAAUCAGGAUAGCUACAUAUUUACAUAAAGAAUACAAAACAAAACACUGCAUUUGUUUGGCUAUUCUAAAACAUGGUGCUAUGUACAAGAAUGGUGUCUAAUGCAGCAGUUGAACAGUUUUAAUGCCUUUUAUAACUAUGAAAAUGUUAAAAACUAUGCUCUGCUCUCCUUAAACUGCAAACAGGACCUUUUAAUUUAGUGUUUGUAUCCAAAUUUAAUUUGUUUGUAUCUGUCUCUUUUUAAAAACUCAGUUUUUAAAGGAUGGGAUUGUGCUUAACCAAGAUUUGAUCAAGAUCCAACAAAGCUGUACAUGAGCAGUGGGAUGACUGGGUGAGAAGCUCUCUGGAGCCUUUCAUGACAGUUAUUUGCAUAGAUGAAGAGGGAAAAGCAGCAUUUUAAACUGAAAAGCAAUCUACCUUUUCAGGAGUGGAAGUUUAGAAGAUAUAUCCAGACAGCUGCCUAUUUCAGACAGAACACUAAAUCCUGGUUUACUGUACAUGAAUGAGCAGAACCAAGCCUUGAGCUUGCACACUCUUCCCCCUCCAUCUCCUCCUAUGGUGCAACCAUGAGGAGGUAGAAGCAUAUCCUAACAGGAAUAUAUCAUCAUGUCCAAACUAGCGAAACUCUGAUUAAUUUAAACUAUGGUUUGUUAAAAUCCUAGCUUGUCAACAAAGCAAUAGUUUACACACACCAGAGUUUCCCCAGUUUGGACAUAAUGAGAAACUCCAGUUACUUUAAAACAUCCUCACUAUGGGUGUGCAUCAAGUGGAGAGGGGAGGUAGGCAACUAUGGAAGUCCAAGGUUUGUACCUGCUCACUCAUGUAAUACAAAACAAUAGGUUAGUGUUCCAUCCAAAACAGUCCAGUCGGUUUAUAGCACAAUAAAUGCACAAUUGUAACUUGAUUUCUUAUGUGUGAUCCAGAUGUCUUUCUGAAGGUGUUACUGUUUGCACAAAUGCUGCAUUUUCUCAGCAUUUAAUUUACAACGGUCACCAUCCCAGACUUCCACAGUUGAAUCUGAUGGAAAGCUGUGGUAAAAAAAAUUCCAAACAAUAUCUGGCUGAGUGCACACUUCUUUCUCACCUGCAUUAUGGCCGUUUAGGAUUGCAGUCAAAAUUGCUGCCACUGAGCAAUACUAUUCUUCUCCAAGGCUAGUUUACAUGAUAUAUGAAUAGGGUUGUGACAUCAAUGUGGUAGCAGGGUGCUUUGCUGAUGUGCUGCUACCUCAGCAUUGUUAUACCCACAUAGGGCUGACCUUUGAUUCUACCCCAUCCCUUCCUCUGCCCAGCCAUUCAAGUAACAUUUGCUUGAAAUUUGGAUUUUAAAAAUAUUUUAUUGCUGGCUCUAUACUCCACAGUGUUGAAUGCUAGCACAGAAGUAUGGCUAUUCCUGCUUCAGCAAAGAGACUUCCCAUCUAUUGUGUAGAAACAGAAUAGCAUACUAUUUGACUUACAUAAAGACAAAAAUCAAAGGUUUGGGUCCUCUAGAAAUCCCUCCUCUGCCCUCCUUCAACAAAAAAACCUUUAGGCUGUAUGCGUAAUUUGCAUUCUCUUUUCUGUCCCCACCACAUGCCUAUACAAAGUUUUGUUGGAUCUUACUGGAAUGCAUCCAUCUGGACAAGACCUGAUUAAGGAGGUUAAAUAAUAGAAAUAUGUUUUUUAAAUGGUGCUUGAAAAGUACUUUGUCUACCUAAAGUGUUAGUAAACCGCACUAGGGUGCUAAAAUAUAUUAGAAGCUCAUUUUGAACUUUUAAAAAAGUUCUUCUUAGGAACAAACACACGUAAAAGAGCCCCGACCCUAUGUUUUUGUUAAAAUAAAAACAGGAGGGGCAAUUUUGAUCUAAGAAGCAGUACAGGAGAGUACUUAAUCCUUUCCCUUCCUAGCAUUUCUCUGCAGCAUUCCCACCCCCAGUGGGAUUCAAACCAUGUAGUUAGCCCCCUUUCCUCAAACAUCUGGUGUGCAAGAGAAACGUGCCCCUUUAAAGGCAAAGUCACACUUGGGUUCAAUGGAUACAAGGUAAUACUUUUAGAACGUAACUUCCCUUCCCUGCAUUUUCUGGUGCUCAUCUUACACAGUUGUACUGUAAACAUGUUUUUUUCUUACAAGUCUAAUGACAGGUUUAUCCCUGAAAUCGUAUACUUUUUUUUAAUAUUAGCUACAGGUAACAAUUAACAGCAUGGGUUAGACUUGAUAAUUGUGUAGUUCUGCUACUUUUUAAGGAUCCAUAAAGUUCUCCAAGUAACUGGGCAGACUGCUUUGGUCUUUGAUGGAUUAUUUAUGUUACAGUAUACAUCCUCUGCUCAGUUUAAGGUGCCCCUCUUUGCAAGAAAGAUCUGAGUAAAAUCAAGACAAGAGUUACAGGGUUAUUCUGUUUGAUUCUGUUGGUGGAAAAAAGGAUACAGAAUAGGCAGCUGGCUUGCUGUGGUGGUUUUUAAAUUGGCAAUUUGUAUAGAAACGUAAGCAAAAGAGACGUAUAGGAAGUAACUUCACAUGUAAACAAUUUUUUAAUGCUUUAGUAUUUUAAUACUGUACAAAAAUAUAAAUAUAAAUAUAUAUUAUAUAUAUCUAUAUAUAUGGGUUUGGAACUGAAUUCACAUCAUGGUGCUACUCAGUCUAUUAAAAUAUAAUGUGAGCUAAAAAUAUAUUAAAAUGUUUGAAUGAUGUUCCUACUUGUCAUAUACCUCAACACUAGUUGGCAAUAGGAUGUUGAACUAAGAGUGGAAGUUUAUAACAUUGUUAUAUCUUCCCUCCCUCUAUUUCCCCCAAUCGUUGGAAAAAAAUUAUCUCACUACUUGAUAUUAUAGCAAGUAUAACUUGAACUUUCUGUUUUUGUUUUUGUUCUAAAAAAAUUCAGGGAUAUAUUAGCUCAUGAUCUCCUUAGUAAGCCAACAUAUCAUCCAAGUUUGUGAAAGUAGGGUGUGAUUGAGCAUGUAAGAGUGUGCAUGUGAAAAAGAUAAAAGUGUGUGCAUUCAUGCAAGCGAAGCUGUGUUGUGAAUGUUGAUCAAAAUAUUGUCCUUGAGGUUUUUGUUUUCUUUUAUUGUUUUCAAGGAGUCAAUCUUUCUCUCUUCUAAUUUUACUUGUAAAUGUACUGAUGGUAAUUAAAACUAUAUUUUGUGUAAGUUCAUUUGCUCCUCUUUAUGGUAAUGAAAAUUGUUUUAACAUUUUAAAUUCUUGUUUUCUUCUGUUUUGUAUGUUCACACAAAAUAAAAAAGUAGAAUGCACUGAGCUGACAAAAGGGAAACUGUUAAACACGGAUGGGGAACGUGGCCCUCCGGAUGUUGCUGGACUACUGCUCCCAUGUUGGCUGUGGACAAUAGGAGAUGGAGUUCAACCUGAAGGGCCGCAAGUUCCUCAUUCCUGUUGUAAAGGCAAGGAUUUGGCAAUUGACCAUUAACUAGAAGGUUGUGUUUUUCCAAAUAGAUUACAAGUUAAGUGGGGGGAGGGGAGCAGUGAGUAGGAUGAUCAGAGGAUUAGACAAAUUUAUGGAGUUAUCCUGGAGUUAUACUAGUCAUGAUGGCUAUAUGUCACCUCCAGGAUUCAAGACAGCAUUCCUCUGAAUAACACUUGUAGAGGAACUAUAGUGGGAGAGAGCUAUUGUCAUCACAUCCUGCUUGUGGGCUUCCCAUAGGCAUCUGGUUGGCUAAGGUAGGAAGCAGGAUAUUGGACUAGAUAGGCCUUUGGUCUGAUCCAGCAGGACUCUUCUUAUGAGGGCUUGCUUUUAAGAAAUGCAGACCCUAUGCCUAAAUGUUUGGCUGUGCAAUAUAUUAUAAGGCAAAAAAGGCCCUGGUCACGAAAUCAUACUUCACCUUAUAUGUUGAAUUGUCCCACUGAUAUUAGUGGGUUUAAUCAGGUUACAUAAAGAUCCACUUUUGCAGGACCAAUGUCUUCUUAUAACCCAAUAAUAUUUUUUUAUGUUAUUGGUAAAGUGUAGAAACAUCCCCUGCUGCCAAUACUACACUAAUACAAGCUCCUCCAAAGCUUUUGUUUUGAAACAAAUGAUUCACCUUUAAAAAAUUAAUUAAUUAACAUCCUGGCAAUCACCUCAAAAACUGGGUGAAUCUCUGAUGCACUCAUAGAGACUUCAGCACAAGCAAGGACUGAUCUGUUUUGUUCAGUGUUGGGAAAGGCAUGAUGCUUGGUGAUGCUUCUCAACCUUGAAUAGAACUAAGCAGCAUCUGCUUGUAUGGAGUUCCACAUACACACUGGAACUGCUAAAUCAGGGCACUUGUGCAUCCAGUUAAUUAAAUCUCAUUAAACCUAUCUUUUGGUAGUUUAAUCUUUUUGCAUUUCCCAUUUCUUAUAUAAGAUGAGAGAUGUUGAUUAAAAUACGUUCUAGAUUGAAUUCCAAAGAACUGAGCAACCGUCAAAUUCCUGCUAGCAAUGUUCUACACACAUUUGUGCAACAGAGUUCACACAGUGCCAUAAGAAGUUCUAGAGCAGUUGUUGUGCUGCUACUUCUGUAUGGGUGGUCAAAUAUUGGUAGGAGUAGUUCCAUUCUCUCAUGGUGCUCUAGCUCAAGGUGUAAAACAUCCCUUCUGUGAGUGGAAGACCCCACCCAUAUGCAGAAGGGGGUCUUUGAACCCCAACCCCUGUCAUUUGCCAAAUUGCUUGCAAACAGAAGAAAGCUUAGUUGGGGAUUUGGGAAGGGGGUUGGGGGGAGAGAAAUAUGUCUUGUAAAUAAAAGUUGUAACUUUGAUGUACAGACCCCUGCCUCAAUGAAUGGGGUGGGGAGAGCAGACAUAACAUUGCUUGUAUAGGAUUAUCAGGUUGACUAUAGCCAUACUUGAAGAUGCUUCUGAGUGGUGUCAACUUUACUUGAAUGAUUUUUUUUCUUCAUCUUGAUUGACCGACAGUGGCGUUAAAGAUCAUUUUUAAAGCUAGUGGUUAACUUUUCUGUAACAGUCUGACACUAAGAUAAUGAACUUUUUUAAUGUGUGCAUUUUCUAAGCUUAUGUUCCACUGUUUGGGUUGUUUUUUAAUUUUUUUAAAAACUUUCCCUCAUUUUUCAAAGGUUUUUUUUGUCCAUUAAAAUCUGAGAAUGGUUAUAAAUACUGUAAGUAUUGUAAUGUAAUGGAUGCAGGUUAUUUGAAAAGCUGUUUUAUUAUAUCAUUCCUGAUAAUGCUGAAA